CCCAGGGUGCAAUUUCUAGUCACCAUGGCGACCUAGGAUUUGUCGAGCCGUGCCAUAAGCAAACAUUUAUUAUAUUGCAGCCAUUGCUGUUGUGAAUAGCCUUGUACCAUGUGACCUCUGUGAUCAUUCAGAUUUUCACACGUAGUAAGCAAUGAUGUCAGGAAGUGACAUCUUGCUUACUACUCUGCAUGUGAUCACUGAUUGGCAAAUCAGUGAUCACAUGAUCGGGACCUCGCACAGAGGUCCUGUACGCCGGUUCCCAGGGAGCGCGCGCACAGUCCAAAAUGGCGGGCGCCGUUUAAGA